AUGAAAUAAGAAGAAUCGGAACGCUGCGGGUGCAACCGCUCAGAAAAGAGUGAUCCCACUAUACAACCAACGCCACCACACUACUACUUUCUUUGCUUUCACUUCUCCCUCUCUCUCUCUCUCCUUUCCUUCCGAUAUAGUCUUUCAGGUCACCAACCAUACACAUCUCUCUCUCUCUCUCUCUCUCUCUCUCUCUCUCUCUCUCUCUGUGGACAAUUUUCAAAUUCAAAGCUAAAGGAGAAUCGCGUCUCGUUGGCUUCGUCUCGUUGGGAGCGCGGUCUGAUCCACAUUUUUCCCAAAUUAAAGUCAUGGCUACGGAGCUUUUGGAGAUUCAACCUCAUGUACUUCAAUUUACUUUUGAGGUGAAGAAACAAAGUUCAUGCUCCAUUCAACUUGGCAAUAACUCCAAUCAGUAUGUUGCUUUCAAGGUAAAAACUACGUCUCCAAAGAAGUAUUGCGUGCGACCAAACACAGGCAUUAUUAAGCCAAAAGCGACAUGUGAUUUCACUGUUACUAUGCAAGCUCAGCGUGUAGCUCCACCUGAUAGGCAGUGCAAAGAUAAGUUCCUGAUUCAAAGCACAGUCGUCCCUUUUGGGACAACUGAGGAGGACAUUACUUCUGACAUGUUUGCUAAAGAUAGUGGCCAAUAUAUUGAAGAGAUGAAGCUGAGGGUGAUCCUGAUUAGUCCACCUCCUUCUCCAGUACUUCUACCAAUUAAUGGAGUAUCAAAGCAAGAUACAUCUUGUGAAACUUCGGUGCAAAAAGAUAGAGUACUGAGUGGAGUUGAAAAUAUACCUCCACCUCAGAGGCUUGCUGAGGAUGUCAAGGGGAUCGAAACUGCUGAGGAAGUGGAUGAGUUAAGAACAGCAAAGGGUGUAGACUCAAGACCUGCUGACAACGUGGAGGGAUUGAAACCGGUGAAGAAUGAUGUUGAUUUGAAUAUAUCCAAGGAUUUUGAGGAUUUGAAAUCAAAGCUAAAUAUGAUGGAUUCAAAACUAAGAGAGGCUGAAUUUACAAUAACAAAGCUGACAGAAGAGAGGAGCAUGACCAAUCUCGAGAAGGUUAGACUUCAGAAAGAAUUGGCGGUGCCGAGUAGUAGGAAGAACAAUGUGAGUAGAGUUCAGAUGGGCUUCCCUUUACUGUAUGUCUGCAUGGUUGCUCUUAUUGGUGUGGCAGUCGGGUACCUUAUCCACCCAUAAGAGAGAGGACUUCUGUGGCCCCCCUGUUGCUGGACAUUCUAGAAUGAGCAGGUGAUAGAACAACAGGAUCUGAUUGCAUGUUUAUUAACUUGGUCUAAAACCACAUGUGACUUUUAACCUCUCGGAAUUUGCAUGUAAAGAGAACUGAUCUCUUUAAAUAAGAGAUAUGUCAUCAAUUUGUUGAUGCUUUACUAAAAUGAGAACCUUAUGUAAUGGCAUAAUGAGGGUUGAUAUGAGCUACACUGAAUAUCGGUCUGUAUUGGAUGUUUGUGAAUUGUUAAUGUUAGAAAUUUUUGUCACCGUUAA